AUUAUAUAUAUAUAUAAAAGAAAAAUAGCCCUAGUCAAGAUAAAUUCUGCGUUUCUGUUCCCUUUGGUCUCCUCCUCCCUAUUCUCUCUGCAGGUUUGAAGUUGCUCCGGUAAUUUAUACAGUGCUUACAAUGGCUGGGAACCGAUGGCUUCGACCCGAGGUGUAUCCACUGUUCGCGGCCGUUGGUGCUGCUGUUGGGAUCUGCGCGUUUCAGCUCGUCCGCAAUAUCUGCAUCAACCCUGAAGUCAGGGUGACCAAGGAGAACAGGGCUGCUGGAAUUUUGGAGAACUUUGAUGAGGGAGAAAAGUAUUCUCAGCACUUCGUGAGAAAAUACGUGCGCGGGAGGGCCCCCGAAAUUAUGCCAUCAAUCAACAGCUUCUUCACUGACCCUAAGUGAAGCAAUUUAGUGAUGUUCAGAACUAAUGUUCUCAUUUCUUUCAUUGUUGAUUGUCAUAGAAGUUUGUGUCAACUUGGCAUUUAUUAGGCCUGGUCAAAUGGAAAUAAGAUCUGGAUGAGAACAUUGAUUUGAGUUUAUGUGGGGUGGACUAAGCAUUCUUGUGUCUGGAAACAACAUAAAGUUAAUUGAUAUUGUUCUCUAUACA